AGGGCUGGAAACAUCUUCUCUGAGAUAAACGCCAGAUCAUUUAUGGGAGAGAGCUUUCCCAUUUUCAGACAGCUCUCCUGAGGACAGAAGGAUUUAUCUGCAGCAGUGGAAUUCUAGUUAUAUGGCAACAGCAGUUGAAUGAGUUCAGGGAGAAAGGCAUAAUCUACAACAUGAUACUUUCUCCCUCGCUUCACCUCUGUGCCCACACCUGUGAAGGCCUCGGCCCAGCUUCGACAACUGCUUUGCCUCAAACUCAGUUUUCUACCAGCGGACAGGACAGCAUUACUGUUACGGGAGGCUCUGAAGUCUGAGCCAGGGCCAUGGAGGCCUCUGUGCUGAGCCCCACAUCCUGGGAGAAACGGCGGGCCUGGCUCCGUCAGAGCCGUAACUGGCAGACCCAGGUCCUAGAAGAGGAGGCUGCCGCCGCCCUGCAGGAUGUCCCAGAUCCUGAGCCUUCCAGCCUGGAUGAUGUUUUCCAAGAAGGGAAUCCAAUCAAUAAAAUUGAAGACUGGCUGCAGGAUUGUGGAUACUCUGAAGAAGGACUUUCUGAGGAAGCAGGACAGUUUAUCUACAAUGGCUUCUGCAGCCAUGGGACCAGCUUUGAAGAUGACUUGACCCUGGGAGCAGAGGCCACACUACUGGCCGCCAAUGGCAAACUCUUCUCCAGGAGUUUCCUCGAGACAGCCAGGCCUUGCCAGCUACUUGAUCUUGGCUGUAGUUUAGCUUCCAGCAGCAUGACUGCGGGGACCAACAGGACUAGUUCAAGCAUCUCAGAGAUUCUCGACAAAGUGCAGGAAGAUGCAGAAGAUGUCCUCUUCAGUCUGGGCUUUGGCCAAGAGGAUCACAAAGACACUUCUCGGAUACCCGCCCGAUUUUUCACCACACCCUCUCAGGCCAAGGGCAUUGAUUUCCAGCUCUUCCUGAAGUCCCAGGUGCGGAGGAUUGAAAUGGAAGACCCCUGCCUCAUGCUGGCCAGCAGGUUUAAGCAGGUGCAAACACUGGCUGUCACAGCUGAUGCCUUCUUCUGUCUCUACUCCUACGUGUCUAAGACACCUGUCCAAAAGUUCACACCAUCCCACAUGUUCUGGAAUUGCAACCAUCCAACUGAUGUGCCAUCCAUCAGGAUUCUGUCCCGAGAGCCUGAACCCCACUCACCCAGAGACCGCCUUCGGAAAGCCAUCUCCAAGAUGUGUCUGUACACAUGCCCCCGAGAUCGGCCACCACCACCCCACAACACCCCCAAAAACGGUUUGGACCAAGUUGUGUUGGAAGCAGUGGACAAAGUGAAAGAAGAGAAGCAGGUCCUCCAACAAGACUCUGAUUUGGGACAAUUCUCACAGGAAGAUCCUGUGCCCCCUGUUGAGGGUGAAAAGUUGCCCACUUCUCCCUAUCCAUGUGUCCUCUGCUGCAAAGAGGAAACACAGCAGGGGAUGUCCACAGUGCUAGCACCAUCGCAAACUCUGGAUUCGAACCCCAAGGUACCCUGUUGCACACAUUUUCUGCCCACAGAAGAUCCACAGUGGAGCACAAACCCAGCUCACAUAAGGAGAGAGCUGUGUAGUCUACCAGCCACCAAUACGGAAACCCAUCCAGCCAAGGAUGAGACUUUCUGGAAAAGAAAGAGCACAGCAAGAAAGAGCCUGUUCCAGAAGAAUCUCAUGGGCAGGAAGGUUAAGUCCUUGGACCUAUCCAUCACCCAGCAGAAAUGGAAGCAGAGUGUAGACAGACCAGAACUGCAUCGGUCUUCAAGCCAGCAGCCACAGGACACUUUUGACUUGGAGGAAGUGCAAAGCAACAGUGAAGAGGAGGAGAGUCAGAGUCGCUGGCCCAGCAGACGCAGGCACCAGCCCCACCACCAGACUUUUGCUGGCAAAGACUCGUGAAGCUUUCUCCACCACCACAACAGCAUGUGGUCUGACAGAGGUGACUUCAUAGAACCUAAUUCCAACCUCUUGCAGGAAACUGCACUGCCCUCAACAUCCAGCCCCUACACCUUGGUCCUCCAAACCCCCAAAUUCUGCAAGAGAAAGGCAGCAUGGUACAUGGGAAAGAAGACCAGACUGAGCGAUUUGGAAUCUACAUCCUAAUGCUGCCACAAGCUGCAUGCACAGAAAAAGACCUUAGGCACAUCACUUCAUUUCUCUGUACACUGGUGUAUCUACUAUGUAUGUAUUAAAAUAUAUAAUAUGGACCACAGUAAACUGAACAAAGCCUUAAUUUUCUCCCAAGCUUUGACAUUGCCAAGGGCAGUCAGGAGACUUCAGGAUCAAGUUUAGGGGACAAGUUUGUUUCUAAUACUUUCAAAGGGCCCAAGCUAAGAGAGGAAGGACAUCUCACUUUCUGGCUCUAAAAGCAUGGUUCAUCUCACAGUAGGAUUCCCUCUAUACCUCUGUUCAUCCCUGUGUUCCUAACUAAAUUCCAGAAAAUCUUCCACAACACUAGAGUCCUAUCUUUCUUCUUGAGACCUCCCUUGAAGAAAUCAACUUGGAGGCUC